AUGGCAUCGUUCUCAUCAUCAGAGACAGACUGGGCAUGGCUUCCAAAAGAUCUGGUUGGUUUGAUUGUGGACAAGUUAAUUCUAUUAUCCGACUUUGUCCGGUUUGGGGCAGUGUGCAAACCAUGGCGAUCCGUGGCUCUAGAUAAGAAGCAGAAACGCAAUGAAGCACGUUUCAAGCAGCCUCCCAUGCUACUAGUCCCAAACGGACAUGGCAGCGGUAGACUAUACAGUGUCUCCGAGGAAAAGACUUACAACUGUCAAUUGGCUGUGCCAUUUACUAAGAAGUGUCCUGGUUCUUCCUUCGGGUGGUUGGUGAAGGCCGAAGAUGAUAUGGCCAUUACACUCAUAAAUCCCUUCUCCGGUGAUCAAUUUUGGACUUACCUAGUUAGGAACUUGUGCCCUAAGGCUAUGAAUGAUGCUUAUUUUUACAAAGGCCAGCUAUACCUUUUGGGUGGUUUCAACGAACUCGUAAAGGUCGACAUUAAUGAUUCAGAUUCAGAUUCUGAUAGUGACUCCUAUGAUGUACCCAAUUAUGAAAUUAUAGUGUCACCUUCUUUGGAAUUCUCGUCACAUAAGUCAUAUCUUGUGGAGGCAUCCAAUGGAGACUUACUGCUAAUUCAAAGGAUUCAUUUUUUUGAUGGAAAUAUCACAAACUUCGGCAAGACGGUGUAUUUCGAGGUUUACAGGCUGACGAAGCAUUCAACUGAAGGACAGAAGCAGGGAAAGUGGGUAGAAAUUGAUAGUAUGGGUGAUGAUGCAGUGUUCUUGGGUGACGAAGCAUUUGCGUAUUGGCUUCUGAUUUUCCCAAUUGCCAACCAAAUUCCAUAUGUUACACUGAUGAUUGUAUGGAGAGAUCUCAUAUUUCAUUGUAUGAACCCCGUGACAUGGGGGUCUUCAAUUUACAAGAGCUAA